CUCAGAGACUGCCACAUACGAGACGUUCACGCAGUUCCUGCAUCUUUUCUCAAACAUCCCGCGCAUCAAAAUCCAAUAGCCAUCCGAUUCAGCAAUGGUUAGCUUCUGUCCUAUUUGUGGGAAGCCUGUUUAUUUUGGUGAGAAGAAGAGGUCAUUAGGACGAGAUUAUCACCCGUUGUGUUUGAAGUGUCACCGGUGUGGUAGACAUCUUACAGCUGGCCAGCAUGCAGAGCACGACGAGAAGCCAUAUUGCACUAACUGCUACAUGAAAGAUUUUGGACCCAGAAGUUGCCGAAAUCCUCUUGCACGGACCUUUAACAAACCUGCUUCUUAAGAAAAGUCCCGCCAUCUUGAAAUCCACAGCUAGAUCUACAAGAAACAACAUACUUAAAUAAUUUAGAUUUAUCUGCAAAACACAUAUAGAGAUUAAUCUAAACCCAGACAGGAUUUAGAUUAAUCCAGAACUAGGCCUUUGUUAUUUUAGUACAUUUAAGUAGCAAACUUUACAAAAAACAUUAUUGCAUCUCGAGACAAAACAAUGGUACUGAUAUGUAAAAUUACAGAAAAACUGUAUUUUGUAUUACAGAAAAUUUCUGUAAUUUAUUGUGCCUGUUAUUUUACAAUAUGUUUACACAGAUUUUUUUACAGUGAAAAAACAUUUUACAGAAUGUUACUGUUUUUUACAGAUUUUCUAUGUUUUUUUAAAUACAGUAAAAAAAUACAAAAAAUACUGCAAAUUUACAUAUCCACUGUAAAAUCACAUGAAAAACACGUCAAUGUGCGUUAAGAUAUGUUAGUACAAGGUGUUUUUAAAUUUUAAGGCAGCUCAAACAUGCAUAUUAGUCUGGGACAAGGAUAAGCCCUGUCUGGGAAACCGCUACGUAGUGUCUGUAUAUACAUAUUUUUAAUAAUAUAUUUGAUGAUUAAAUUUGCCAGAACCUUUCAACCAAACCAACAGCCUUUCUCUUAGGGCGCUUGGCUAUUUUCAUGGAUUUAUUGUGUUUCUGUUGUAUUCCUGCUAUAUUUUCAGAUAUGUCACUUACUAAGUUAAAUCAUUUGUAAAGUUAUAUUUUCUGUCGUACCCUUUUCAUCAUGUGUUUUGCUUCUCUGUAUAAAAUCUGUAUACCAUUAAUUAACUGAUGAACCUGAAACACAAUGUGAAGUUUUAUGCUUUGUAUUGUUUUUCUUUUACUCCGAUUUCAUGAGAAAGCAAAUCUAUCUACAAAGCGAAAAUGUCAAUAAAUGAGCAUUGUCUUUUUAAUUAGGAGCAGUCAAUUUUGUCCCAAACCUCACGGUGCAUAAGGGAUGAUGGCUUUAUCAUUAUUGUAUUUUCAGGAAGAACGUGUGUUUGAUUUGAAGAUUUUAUCGGUUUCUUUCAUUAGUUAAAUAAAAGAAAUGUCACUCA